UUCUCAGUGCAGCGGAGACACGAGGUGUGCUUGCCCCUGACUGGGUCACUACCGCAGUUUGCAACUGAGACUGGAAACAACGACGUCCAUGGAUUGGCCCCCUCACUCAGCUCGGACUCGCAGUGGUGCUUGUGACUGUUAGAUGUGGCUGCAUUCAUGAAUGAAAUACCCAGUAAACGUUGUGUUAUGACGCCGCCAACAACAAGAUCCUAAACAGGCCCAUCAUCUAUCCGGCACACCCACUGAUACUGAAGCCUGAAGACUGUGGCCACCAGUUUUGGAAAAAAACAGAAUACGCACACUCACUCACACCGAUAACUACUCUCCAUCGGCCAGGAAGUAACAUCAGCGAGUCAAGAUGGGAGAUUUGAACAGUUCAGUGGAUUUUUACCCAAAGAACCAGCGGAGAGAGCAGAAUCAUGCCGGAGGCUUCGGCUGCACUUUACAAGAGCUGCGCUCUCUCAUGGAGCUGCGAGGAGCAGAGGCCAUUCAAAAAAUACAAGAUAGUUAUGGUGACGUCCAUGGCCUGUGUAGGAGACUUAAGACUUCCCCAACUGAAGGUUUGUCGGAAAACGCAGCGGACUUUGAGAAGAGAAGGCAAAUAUACGGUGUGAACUUCAUACCUCCCAAAAAACCCAAAACCUUCCUGCAGUUAGUCUGGGAAGCCCUCCAGGACGUGACUCUCAUCAUUUUAGAAAUUGCCGCCAUCGUCUCUCUGGGCCUUUCAUUCUACGCACCGCCAGGAGAACAAAGCGAGAACUGUGGGAAUGUGCAGGCUGGAGGUCACGACGACGGGGAGUCAGAGGCCGGGUGGAUUGAGGGAGCCGCCAUUUUGUUGUCUGUCAUUUGUGUGGUGUGGGUGACGGCCUUCAAUGACUGGAGUAAAGAGAAGCAGUUCCGCGGGCUUCAGAGUCGCAUCGAGCAAGAGCAAAGAUUCUCCGUCGUCAGGAACGUAUCGGUCAUACAGAUUCCCGUGGCUGAGCUCAUCGUGGGAGACAUCGCCCAAAUAAAAUACGGCGACCUGCUGCCCGCAGAUGGAGUUCUGAUCCAGGGGAACGAUCUUAAGAUUGAUGAAAGCUCGUUGACGGGAGAAUCGGAUCACGUGCGCAAGUCUGUAGAAAAGGACCCGAUGCUGCUUUCUGGUACACAUGUCAUGGAGGGUUCUGGCAGGAUGGUGGUGACAGCUGUCGGUGUGAAUUCACAAACGGGAAUUAUUUUCACCUUGCUUGGCGCUGGCGGAGAGGAGGAAGAGAAGAAAGACAAGAAAGCUGCCAAAUCUGCCGUCACUGCCCACCAUAUCACUGCCGCUAACGCUUUCCUAACAUCCAGCUACAUGAACGGAAAGCAGCAGGAUGGGGCAGUGGAGAAUAUUCAGAACAAAGCUAAAAAGCAGGAUGGAGCGGUUGCCAUGGAGAUGCAGCCGCUGAAGAGCGCCGAAGGUGGGGAAAUGGAGGAGAGAGAGAAGAAAAAGACCAGCGUCCCAAAAAAGGAGAAGUCCGUUUUACAAGGGAAACUUACCAAACUGGCGGUACAGAUAGGAAAAGCAGGUCUGGUGAUGUCGGCAAUUACGGUUAUCAUCUUGGUGCUCUACUUUGUGAUUCAAACCUUUGUGGUGGAGGGCAAAGUGUGGCUAGCGGAGUGUACCCCUGUCUACGUGCAGUACUUUGUCAAAUUCUUCAUCAUUGGAGUCACUGUCCUAGUGGUGGCUGUGCCAGAGGGCUUGCCUUUAGCCGUUACCAUCUCUCUAGCCUAUUCAGUCAAGAAAAUGAUGAAGGACAACAACCUUGUACGGCACCUGGAUGCUUGUGAGACAAUGGGCAACGCCACUGCCAUCUGCUCCGACAAAACGGGGACUCUGACAACCAACCGGAUGACCGUCGUCCAGUCCUACAUGGGAGAUCUCCAUUAUAAAGAGAAGCCCGACCCCAGCAGCCUCAAUUCCAAAAACUUGGACCUGCUCGUUAACGCCAUCGCCAUUAAUUGUGCCUACACCACUAAGAUACUACCUCCAGAUAAAGAAGGAGCGUUUCCCCAGCAAAUAGGCAAUAAAACUGAGUGCGCCCUGCUUGGCUUUGUUCUGGAUUUGCAACGGGACUACCAGCUGGUGCGAGACCAGAUUCCUGAGGAGACGCUCUACAAAGUCUACACGUUCAACUCCGUCCGCAAGUCCAUGAGCACCAUUGUGCGCCUGCCCAAUGGAGGAUUCCGGCUGUACAGCAAGGGAGCAUCGGAGAUCAUGCUGAAAAAGUGUACCAACAUGCUAAACGCUGCCGGUGAUCUCCGCACUUUUCGACCCAGAGACCGCGACGAGAUGGUAAAGAAGGUCAUCGAGCCAAUGGCGUGCGACGGGCUGCGUACCAUCUGCGUUGCCUACCGGGACUUCCAAGGCAUACCCGAGCCGGAAUGGGAAAACGAGCACGAGAUAGUGGGGGACUUGACUUGUAUUGCUGUGGUCGGAAUAGAAGACCCCGUCAGGCCGGAGGUGCCGGAAGCUAUUCGGAAAUGCCAGCGGGCAGGCAUCACAGUGCGCAUGGUCACAGGGGAUAACAUCAACACGGCGCGAGCCAUCGCGGCCAAAUGCGGCAUCAUCCAGCCAGGGGAGGACUUCCUGUGCUUGGAAGGAAAGGAGUUCAACCGAAGAAUCCGGAACGAGAAGGGAGAGAUAGAACAAGAACGUCUGGAUAAAAUCUGGCCCAAGCUGCGCGUCCUUGCCCGCUCCUCGCCAACCGAUAAACACACUCUUGUAAAAGGGAUCAUUGACAGUAUGACUUGUGAGCAGCGUCAGGUGGUGGCAGUGACGGGAGACGGCACCAACGACGGCCCGGCGCUCAAGAAAGCAGAUGUCGGAUUUGCGAUGGGAUUGGCAGGCACCGAUGUGGCCAAGGAAGCCUCGGAUAUCAUCCUCACAGAUGACAACUUCUCCAGCAUUGUGAAAGCUGUAAUGUGGGGCCGCAACGUGUACGACAGCAUCUCCAAAUUCCUCCAGUUCCAACUGACCGUCAACGUGGUAGCCGUGAUCGUGGCAUUUACUGGGGCCUGCAUCACUCAGGACUCGCCACUAAAAGCAGUGCAGAUGCUUUGGGUCAAUCUAAUUAUGGACACGUUUGCAUCCCUGGCGCUGGCAACAGAACCCCCUACAGAAUCGCUGCUUCUACGCAAACCCUACGGCAGAAACAAGCCCCUUAUAUCUCGCACCAUGAUGAAAAACAUCCUGGGCCACGCAGUCUACCAACUCGUCAUCAUCUUCACGUUGCUGUUUGCUGGUGAAAUCAUCUUUGACAUCGACAGUGGUCGCAACGCCCCGCUGCACUCCCCUCCCUCCGAGCAUUACACCAUCAUUUUCAACACCUUCGUCAUGAUGCAGUUGUUUAACGAAAUCAACGCGCGAAAAAUCCACGGGGAGAGGAAUGUAUUCGACGGCAUUUUCGCCAACCCGAUAUUCUGCAGCAUAGUGCUGGGCACUUUCGGGGUCCAGAUUUUGAUUGUCCAGUUCGGAGGGAAGCCCUUCAGCUGUUCUCCUUUAAACGCACAACAAUGGCUGUGGUGCCUGUUUGUGGGAGUGGGGGAGCUUGUCUGGGGACAGCUCAUUGCCACCGUCCCCACCAGCCACCUGAAGUGUUUGAAGGAAGCGGGUCACGGGCCAGGCAAAGAUGAAAUGACAGACGAGGACAUGGCCGAGGACGAAGAAGAAAUUGAUCACGCAGAGAGAGAGCUCCGCAGGGGUCAGAUCCUAUGGUUCCGCGGGCUGAACCGCAUCCAGACACAGAUGGAGGUAGUGAGUACCUUCAAGAGAAGCGGUUCAUUUCAGGGUGGCGUGCGUCGGCGUUCCUCCGUCCUCAGCCAACUCCACGAUGUAACAAAUAUUUCUACUCCCACUCAUGUCAUUCUCUCUGCCGCCAAUGCCACCAGCACUGCCGGGAAUCCGGGUGGUGAAAGCAUUCCGUAGCUCCCUCUACGAAGGCCUAGAGAAACCCGACUCCAAGCCCUCCAUUCACAAUUUCAUGGCCACCCCUGAGUUUUUGAUCAACGAUUACAUCCACAAUAUACCCCUCAUCGAUGACACGGAUGCGGAAGAUAGCGAUGAGCCUCCGGGCAAGGUGCUGUGGUCCAUCCCGCCUCCGUCCCCCAACAAGAACAACAAUGCCAUCGACAGCGGCAUCUACUUGACCACGGACACGAGCAAGUCGGCCGCCUCUUCCAAUCCGGAAAGUCCUUUGCACAGCGUGGAGACUUCUCUCUAACGGAAAACACCAAACACUCGUCUUCAGCAACCACAAAGGGACAGCAAGACAA